UGUAACACCACCAACUUCACCACCUCAAAAUCCUUCCAACGACUCCAUAGCUGAUGCUAUCCUCUCUGACUCUGAGUCUCUAUUUAAAGAGGAAGCUUCAUGAUGUCUAGCAUGCUAAUCUCAAAAGGCUACAGAUCAGCUAUUCAUUAGAAAACCAAAGACAUUCAGAAAACAUCACAAAAUGUCCAAGCGACUAGCCUCAGGUUGCAUUACAAUGCUGAUUGCUGCUGUCUACGUGGUAACAUGUUUUGCAGCAGUUAACCCCGCAGAAGAGCUCAUCCUUGAGUUCUACAUGCAUGAUAUCCUAGGAGGAAGUAGCCCCACAGCUCGACCAAUAACUGGCUUACUUGGAAACAUCUACAGUGGUCAGGUACCUUUUGCUAAACCAGUGGGAUUCCUGCCCCCAGAUGGUGGACUUGCAAUCCCCAAUGCCAACGGUGCUAUUCCUACUGUCAAUGGCAUCACUGGCCUCCCUUUAGGAACUGGCUUAGCUGGUACAGCUUUUGCCGGCAAUCCAAACCAAAAUGGCAACCCUCAGAUCCCUCUAGGACCAGAUGGCUUGGGACUUGGCUUUGGAACAAUCACCGUCAUCGAUGAUAUACUCACUGCCAGCCCCGACUUAGGGUCACAGCCAAUAGGGAAAGCUCAAGGAGUUUAUGUAGCCAGUUCAGCAGAUGGAACAACCCAAAUGAUGGCAUUCACAGCUAUGAUCGAAGGCGGAGAAUACAACGACAACCUCAACUUCUACGGAGUUUACAAGAUCGGAAGCACCAUGUCACAUGUAUCAGUCACUGGUGGAACCGGCAAGUUUAAGAAUGCUUGUGGAAUUGCUGAGGUUCGACCACUUAUACCACCUGGCCAACAUGUCACUGAUGGCGCUGAGACAUUGCUCAGGAUCACUGUCCAUCUUAAAUACUAAAACUUGUCUUCCAAAUUAUUUCUGUGCUUGGUUGUGUGAAAAUCAACAUGGUCAUGCAUCUUCAAUGUAACAAUUUUAAAGAUUUCUCCUUAAACUUCAAUUUACAACCGUACGAAAAUUUACGAUCAGAA